AUGCCCCGGGGUCAGAAGAGUAAGCUCCGUGCUCGUGAGAAACGCCGACGGGCUCGUCGGGCUAGAGAGGCAUCCAGCUCUCCACCAGGUGCUCAGGCCACUGGAGAAUCGGAAAGAGGGGCACCUUCCCCUUCCGCUGCUGCUCGUCCCAAGAGGUCAGCUGCUUUCGAGAAUACCAGAAAUCUCCAGGGGCCUCAGAGAGCCACCACUACUGCUGCAGCUGCUUCACAUACAAGAUCUAAUGAAAGCAUCAACAACCCAAGAGAGGGAAGGCCAAGAUCAUCACAGAAUCCACCUGCCACAAGAAACCCCGUAAGUGAGAGGGUAGUUCUGUUAGUGCAUUACCUGCUGUACAAGUAUCAUUUGAAAGAGCCCAUUACGAAGCAAGAAUUGCUGAGAAAUAUAAUCCAGCCGUACAAGAGCCUCUACCAUGAGAUCGUGAAUAAAGCUGCAGAGCACAUGGAGCUGGUCUUUGGCCUUGACCUGAAGGAGUUGGAUCCCAACAAGCACAUCUAUGUCCUCAUCAACAAGCUGGAACCAUGCUGUGAUGCAAGGGUGAGUGACGACAGACCUAUACCCCUGACUGGCCUGCUGAUGACUGUCUUGGGUGUGAUCUUCAUGAAAGGCAAUUGUGCCACUGAAAUGCAAGUUUGGAAAACAUUGAAUGUAAUGGGGUUAUAUGCGGGGAGGAAGCAUUUUAUUUUUGGAGAUCCCAGGAAAAUCCUCACCAGGGAUAUGGUGAAGGAAAAAUACCUGGAGUACCGGGAAGUGCCCAAUAGUAUUCCUCCACGCUAUGUAUUCCUGUGGGGUCCACGAGCCUAUGCUGAAACAAGCAAGAUGAAAGUCCUUGAGUUUUUAGCCAAGGUCCAUAGGGCUGCCCCUAGUGAUUUCCCAGCCUGGUAUGAAGAGGCUGUGAAAGAGCAGGAAGAGAGAGCAAGAGCCAGAAUUGCAGCCAGAGCUCGAAUUGCAGCCAUGGCCAUGGCGCGUUCCAGGGCCCUAUGCGUUAGGCCCUCCCACCCCUAG